AGUUGCCAUGGAAAGUAUAACUUUUUUUCUAAAUAAGUGUAAAUAAUAAUUUAAAAUUGAAAAGACUAAAUUUUCAUACCUAAGCAUUUUUUAAAGGUCUUCAUGUUAUUGUUUUCAAUAUAUUUAGCAACUUCAACUUACAUAUCUUUGUUUAUAAACUAUGGCGACCCCGUUUAAAGCUCUGUUAUGUUUAUUAAGCUCUAAAUUAAACAAUCAAGAAGUGAAGCAAAUGGUGUUGUUGAGUAGUGUUCCUGAAAGUGUGCGUUCUGACAUCAAUGAUGGAUUGAGUCUGUUUGAAAAUCUCAUUCAAAGAGAUAUAAUCAAUAAGAAUAAUUUAAAAAAUCUCAAGGCGAUUUUCGACCAAGUCCAUCCAAAACGACGUGACUUAAUUAACGAAAUAGUUUAUUUUGAAGAGAAUGGUACAUUGAACAAAGAAGAUUCAUUGAAAGCGAUAAGAUUCUGCGCUCAACAACUGCAGACAAUAGAGUCCAACCAACCUAAAACUGAAAAUGUUUCAACUACAAAUGGUUGUAUCAUCCAAUCUCCUUGUUGUACAUGUCAAAUUGUUUCCUGCUCAGCUUGUAAUAUACCAGCGAUAUACGUCAUUCUAACAAUUGUAAUUUUCAUUUCUGUUUUAUUUGUUAUUUUACUAUGGUACGCUGAUGUUCCGAAGGCUAGUCACUCUAUUAAGUCAAAUGAUGCUGCAAAGAAAGCUGGACCUUUUAUCAUAACAUUGAUGAUUGUAACAUACAUUGCUGCUUUGUGUAUAUUGUAUUUGAAAAGGCGAUCGAAUUUGAGCAAUAAUUCAGGCGCAGAGCCUUCAAGUCGUGAUAAUUUGGAUCACGAAGAGCGUGUCGUUGGCUCACGCAGGUCAAGUUCUACUACCCCAGUAAUAAGCAGUACUUUAAUUAACAAUGUGUCUUACAGUAAUAAUGUUGAUUAUGACUCUGAUAUUGAUAAUAAUUUGUAAAAUGAACCAAACAAUUGAUGUUACCGGUGGCCCAUUUACACCGUGUAUACUGGAUUAUUCUCGCAGUAGCAGGUUAAAUUUUCUUAAUAGUAAAAGGCAGUGACUAAAUAUAUCAACUUAAUAAGCUUUUACCCCUUUAAAGAUGACGUGAUGAGCGAAUCCGGAUUGCGUUGCAUCCGGAAUGCAUUGAUUAUAUGCAUUGAUCUAUAGUAAGUUAUGCUAUUUUAUCAAAAGUCAUGUAAUAUAUUCGAUGUAAUCUUUUUUCUAACACAAUAUUAGUCGCACCAACUCUCACAGAAA